UCAUCCCGCGCUUUCUUCUUCUUUUUAUUUUUCUUUUUUUUUCUUUUUUAUCAACAACGCUACUAAUACAGGACUAGACCAAGCGAAACCAAACGAGACGAGGCCAACACAUCAAAUGACUGACUGUUUGCUCACCCAUCCCGAAACAUCCUCUGUGUCAUUCACAUCAUCCCGUCUGCGCCAUUUGAAGAAAAAGAAGAGGAAGAGAGAGAGAAUCGAUGAAGCCAUUUCGUCACUUUCAAUUAUCUAUCCUCCCUUCUACCGUACUUACUUAGGUAUUUAAAUAACCUGCUCGACAGUCACUAUGCAUCAACGACCCCAUUGGAUUUUCUACCUUUAUAGCUCUAACCUCUCCCAACUUUUUCCCUUAUAGAGAUAUUUAUGUGGCCGGCCUUGUGAUGUACUUCGGUCUUCAUUUUUGCUUAGGAACCUAUAAAAAACGAGAUAUCAGCUAAGAUGGAUGGUCCGGUUCAGAAACUGAUGGACGAGCUUCGGUCGCUCCUAGAUGAGACCACAAUUCUUUCUAUUUCCAGUGACUAUAACCUGGAAAACCCCAAAGAAUUUGCCCAAGUGAGGCAAAUUCUCCUCACUAUAUCUCAAGAUGUAGAAGCCGAAGAAGCCACUGGUUUCAAUCCGAGUGGUCUGGGGGAUGAUGCUAUAGACAUCAACCCCUCCAACCAGGACAACGAUCCUGACGUCGUUGGCACAGCUAGUAGUGAUAUAAAAAGCGUUGGUGGGCUCACUACUACAACAGAGAAUUCCUUACGCCCAAGUCUCGUCUCUACAGAAUCGUCUAGGGCGUCAUCACGGGAGACUCCUGGGCUCAUCCACGUCAAUGUCUUUGACGGACUCAGCGAUGGCGACAAGGAGCAUCAACUUGUCACCAUGUUCAGUUCACUCAAAUCCAUUGAUGUGAAACGGGCACUGCGAAAUUCAAAUGGCGAUGCGAGUCUCGCCAUGGAUGAACUCCUUAAUCUACAGUGGCUUGAACAGACAGGUCUACGUCCUAAGGGUGUUGACGGCUUCUAUGUGUCGGACGAUGACAUACCUAGCAAAAAGAAAAAGGGAAAGAAAAGAAAAGGAUCCAAGGCAGCAUCUCCCAAGGCUACCAAUUCGAAACGUCCGCUGGAGGAUACAAAACUCAGUGCGGCAGCACAUAAUGACAAUAUCACCCUCAUAUCUGAUCGACUCAACCUAGCACCAUCCGAGGUGACGAGCAUUUACCGACAACAUGAGUGCUCUUCUGGAGCUACCGUUGAAGAAAUUUUAAAGAAUUACAUUUCCCUAAACUUAGAAUCUACAGAUUCACAUUUACAGUCCGAGAUCCAACGAGAGGCAACCAAAAUUUCCUGGGUGCCUCCUGCAUACAUCAAGGCAGCCUUCGAAAUAUGCUCGGAACCAAAUGAUGCGAGAGAUGUGAUUCACAUAUUGAAAGAUCAUUUUCAGAAGCCGAAGACGACAUACGUAAAAUAUGACGUAUCGUAUAAUGUGGUAGCGUCAGAUGCGGAUGUGAUAGAGGCCCCAUCUCCACACGCCAGAGCGACAAGUCCUGAGCAGUUACCAAGAAUCUCUACAAAUAUGCGAUCAUCGACGUUUGGUUCGCUCCAGCAGGUGCUCAAUUCACCAACUAACUUGCAAAGUGCAGCUGUUUCUUCCGCAUCUCUCGCAGAAUCAAGAAGGCAUUCAAUCGCCGCAGCUAGCGCAGCAAACCAGAAAGGCCGAUCCAAUCACUUAUACAGACAGGUAGGGGCAUUCUAUGCGGAAAGGGCCCGUGAGCAGACGGCGGGAUACUGGCAGGCUAGUAGCUUAGAAGCAAAUUCCCACGUCGACCAGCAAAGCACGCAAAGCGUCAUCGACCUCCACGGGGUCACGGUGCAAGAUGGCGUUGAGAUUGCUCUGGACCGGACAUGGAGAUGGUGGCAAGGUCUUGGGGAGGAACGAACUCGGAAGGCGAAGGCUGAAGGGCUGAGAGUCAUCACCGGCAUUGGAAGGCACAAUGCGAAUGGACUAUCACCAUUGCGCAAUGGCGUGUGUAAGGCACUUGUUAAUAACGGAUGGAAAGUUGAGGUGAUGACUGGAUGGUUCCUCAUUACAGGAAGGAGAAAGGGGCAAUGACGAUAAACUUGAGCCGCAUCCCAAGAGCCAUGAAUAGGCGGUUCACACAAGUUUCAAGUUUACGAUAUGCUACAUUCUGCACUGGCACCGUUUCGAGGCGGAAGAUCAUGGAGGCGUGGAUUGUGCGAAGGAAAUUACCAAGGCUCGUUAUUCCCACUAUAUGGAAUACGGCUUUUUUCCUUUACAGGGAGGGCAGUCAGUGUACUUUUUAGGUUACUUACGCCGUACAGGCAAAUUCGAUAACAAUACCAGGAUAGAACAUAAGCUGAACCGAGCUGGGCUGGGCUAGCGGUUGGCAUUGGUCAAAGGAGGGUUUGGCCUUCAAUGUUUGUUUUGCUUAUGGAACAACGAUUGGCUUAUACAUAAUAUCUGAUUCAUUGAUGAAGAAAGUUACAUAUCUGCAUGUAGGUAAUCUGGAGAUACAUAAUCCAAAGCCAAGUGAGAGCCCAGUACCAGCCUCGUAGUUUACGUAUUCCCCCGCAAAAUACCACGCUAAUAGAUACGGUAUUGUACAAUUCUGUCAACGUCGGUGGCGAUUUUAUUUUUUCAAGUGUUUAAGUGCUUAGUACUACUGUAGGUACGAAGUACUUGAUGGCAAUUACGUAGCAGCAUUCAAGUAGC